AUGACAGACGUCGACGACAAGCCAGGGGAGAAGCCGCGUUUCAGCUUCCAAGCCUUCAACUUUGGUCAGGUUGCUGGCAGUGCCAGGCUCUUGUUUGGGGAGAACCCAAAAGAAUUAGAUUAUGUAUGUGUCAUGGGUCGCUGCAUGCCUGCAGGGUACGAUAAGUUGAGCGAGCUGUGGGUUUUCCCGAAGCAAGUAACGGGCAUGUUCGACAACAGAGUCGAUGUCUAUUCCCUAUCUGGGUUGGGUACUAUCGAGUUGGACAUGUCUAAGCAGGGCAAUGAAGACCCUCUUUUUUCAUUCUAUGUCAAGAAGGCGGAUUGA